CGGGUCGAGAACCUGCGUAGCUAGGUUGCGCCAACACCGGCUUACAUAGGGCGGAGUACGGCGUGUCCUUGGGCUCAGACGCCGGACGGUGCGGGAGUUAGCGGGGCUGCGGUCACCGCCGUGGGCGCAGCGUCAGCGGGGCGGCCGGCCAGGCAGUACUGAAAAUGGGAGAUAUUGAGAAGGGCAAGAAGAUCUUUGUCCAGAAGUGUUCCCAGUGCCAUACGGUUGAAAAGGGAGGCAAACAUAAGACGGGACCCAACCUGAAUGGCCUGUUUGGACGCAAAACUGGACAAGCUGAGGGCUUCUCUUACACGGAUGCUAAUAAGAAUAAAGGUAUCACCUGGGGUGAAGAUACUCUGAUGGAGUAUUUGGAAAACCCAAAGAAGUAUAUCCCAGGAACAAAGAUGAUUUUUGCGGGUAUUAAGAAGAAGUCUGAGAGAGCAGACUUAAUAGCAUACCUCAAAGAUGCCACUUCAAAGUAAAAGUGAUCUGCUGCCUUAUUUAUUUCAGAAAGGAGAUGGCAAUGGAAAUGUCUGUGAUGAGAUCGGUUUUUAAACUUUCUAUUUUUACAUGUACUGUGUCUAAACUUAAAAUCUGUCUCGCCCAUCAGAUAACACUGCUCACAGUGGGUCACUAGAGUACACGCUUGUUUGGCAGCCGUUAACUUCAUGGAAACUAUGUAAUUGCAUUGAUUUAAAAAUGACUAUAAUGUUCAGUCAUUCUUGGUGGUAGAAUUAAAAAAAAAAAAUAAAAAUUUCCUGCCUCUUCAUUGUUUAAAAGAAUUAUAUAAAUAAUCAAACAAGUAAUUGUCAACAGCAUAAUAGCUUUGACAGCCCAACUCUUUCAGGUUUAAAAACAGGGUGGUUUUUGGCAUCUUCCACCAUACAUCUUCAGUUGCAUUACUUUAAAGAUUUUUAAAAACACAAACAAAACAACAAAAACUUAAAAAAAAAAAAACCUCAAAAACAAAACCAAAACUCCCUCCACCAAAACCCCAAGAUAAUAUUUUUCUAAAUUUAAUCAGUACUAGGUGUUACAUAUUAAUCAAAAGCUUGCGGUAAGAAUGCGUUUCAUCUGACUUAAGUACUAUUUGUAAAAUGGCAGUUGUGCCCCGCCACUUUUUUUUUGUUGUUUUUUUAAUCUAGGGGAAGCAUGUUACCUAAUUUAUCCAAGACUCUUGACAGCUGCAUGCACUAGUAGAGUAUAACUCCCCUUCAGAAACAUCUUCAGCUUUGAAAUAUUAUUGAAACCCUUUGUUCAGUAAAUCUUCUGAAAACAGCCAUCUUUAAUGUAAUGAAUAGAACAGAAGAACAUCCUAUUCUGGAAAUAAAAGUGCUGAAGAUCAAGCUGAGGGUUAUUAAAUCUUAAUUCAGCAGAAGCAUUCACCUAAAAUCUACUGUUACAGGCCAUUUCAGAUGAAGGGGUACAGAAAUGAAUGCACUGGUAGACUAAAGGGAAAGGGUCUUCCUCUGUGCCUGGCUGCAGCCGAUGUCAUUACUUCCAAGGUUCUGUUUCGCACAGUGUAAAGCAGACUUUUUAAUGUUUUAACUGCAUUUUUUCAUACUAAGUGAAUUGUUCAGAUGAAUGUGUUUACUGUGUACUAGCAGUAAAGCAUAACUUGGAGCAAUCAAAACUGUAAAUUAAAAAAAAUUAAAAGUC